AUGAUGACAUUUCAAUGUGACAGUGAUGAAGCUUAUCAUGAAAAUGAGAGACAAAUGAAGGAUAGAAAAGAAAAGAGGAAGUUACACCGUUCUGGUCGAAAUAGCAGAGAUAAAUUUCAAGAGAGAUUGGAUUUCAAGUUCUAUGACUUCAAGGCUCUUGAGAUUGAAAAUGGGUGGAACCAGCUUUUUGUUUCUAUAAUUUCAAUAGAAACGGGAGAAACCAUAGCGAAAUCAAGCAAAUCACUAGUCAAAAAUGGAGUGUGUGAUUGGGAAGAGACUAUGUUAAGUAGCAUAUGGAUUUCUGAUUAUUCUCUACAAGAUAAUAAUCAAGGCUUCCUCCUUAAGCUUCUUGUAGCAAUGGGAUCUCCCAGGUUUGGGACCCUUGGGGAGGCUACAAUUAAUUUAGCAAGUUACAUUGGCCAAGAAACAUUUACUGCAUCACUGCCUUUGACACAACACUCUUCAUGUGGAGCAAUCUUACAAGUUAAAAUUCAGUGCUUGACACCGAGAAAAAAUUACAGGAAGGAUGCAAGUUCUUAUGGAGAGGAAAUGAGUGUUGGCUAUGAUGAUGUGGACAGUAUAUCCAAUGCAUCUGACACUACAUUCAGCAGAACAAGUGUGUCCUCACAUUGUGACCAGUUAGAAAAUAUAUUUUAUCCAGGAGAAUUUAGCAGUAAGAGAAGAGGUCCUUCGACAGCAUGUUCAGAUCAUGACAUUGGCUCUUUGGACAGUUCCUUUCCCUCUUGGAUUGAAAACUUACCCCAACAAGGUAAUGUCAAUGGAUGGAAGACCAAUGUGCAGGAGAGGCGAGAUUCAUCUUGCUCGGAAGAUGGCCCCUAUUCACUCUAUGAUGCCUCGACGCUGAAACAUGCAUCCUCGACCUCAGCAACAUUGAGUUUAGGGACAGAGAUUCAAGACAAAAUGGAAGACUUUGGGAAACUUUCACGUGCAGGUGACACAACAUCAACGACGAGUGUUUGUUCAUCUAAGGAUAUGCUCGGAGCAGCGCAGGUAACAAUCGAGUUACUUCACGGUGAGGUGAAGAUGUGGGAAGAAGGCUCUAGGAAGCUGAUGACGGACGUGGAGAAACUGCGGAAGGAGUUACACAAGAAGUCGAAGCAUAAAAAAGAUCUAGAAAUGGAGUUAUCAUCAUCGCGCAAAGAGAACGGUGAUUUGAAGGAAGAAAUUCAACGCCUAACCGCUAUGGUGAAACAAAAUGACAGCAAUGCCAUUAAGAAGUUGAAAGAUGAGAUCAGUUAUCAGAAAGGACUUAAUCAUGACUUGGAAGUGAAGCUAAAUAAAACACAGGAGUCAAACAUUGAUAUCGUUUCCAUUUUUCGGAAUUUUGAAAAGAAAGUAGAAAAACAGAAAAUGGUGAUUGCUGAACUGUCAAGGAAGAGUCUUCACUUUCAAGAUGAUGAAAAUAACAGUCACAGGAUCGAAGACAGUGACGAAGAGGACUUCAGCUUAAGCAUAGAUGUUUUGCCAGAGAAAAUGAGAAAGGAGUUCUAUCAUUCAGGUUUUGAUUUCAGUAGCAAUGAAAAUGCAAUAAGAUGCCUGCAUGAAGGGAUUGAAUUACAAGAACUCGGGAACUCGGAAACUGAGCGCCAAGCGAUGCGGGAGAAACAAAAGAACAUGGAAAGUACUAUCCAGUUUCUGGAGAAAACUUUGGAUGAGAAAAAUCAAGAGAUGCAAACUGCAACAAAACGUUUUAUGGCUCAAACUUUUGAGAAAGAGAAACAAAUCUUGAACUUCGAAAAGAAGUUACAUGAUGGCGUUAAUGCUUUCAGCAAUGAAAUCUUAGCUUUAACACAAAGAGUGCAAGAUCUUGAAGCCGGAUUUUGUGAGAGGCAUGGAGAGUCCGGAGAGGAUCUUAACACUUCUGAUUCUUUUCCUUCAAACUUUCUGCUGUUUAACUUUGAUACUGCUAUCAACAUCACUGAAGCGUUCCUCGAGUUAUAUAAGCAGCUUCUUCUUUCAGUAGAAAAGCUGAAGGAUCAAGAUUUUCUUCUGUCAAUCACCAAAAACGAAUCACAGCUUUCGAAAGUUGCAGGCAAAAUAGAUUUUAAGGAAUUGACUGAGGCAAUCUUGUGCACCAUUAUCCAGUUAAAUAAGCUGCUUGAAUCAAAGGCUACUUCCUCUGAAAAUGUUAUGAAUCCUCAGGGCGAACAAAGGAAUAUGUCUGAGUUAGAAAGUUCGGAUGAUAAUCGAAAUUCUUUAUUUGAACUAGAAGUUGAAGUUGCACAGUUAUCAGAACGGAUAUCUGGCUUGGAAGCUGAAGUGAGACAUUUGAAUGAAGAAAAGGCGUUUACUCAUUUGGCGCUGGAGAAUUCAGAAAAUAUUGUCAUAUACCUCCAGGCCGAGAUCAAGAGAAUGGAAAAUAUAAAUCAGGGACAAAAAGUUGAUUUGAAAAUAAUGGGGGAGAGCAUACAGAAAAAAUGGAUAGAAGCUCAAGAAGAGUGUGGUUUUCUGAAAAGAUCCAACUUAAAAUUACAAGCUACAAAUGAAAACUUGAUUCAAGUAUCUAAAACUCUUCAGAUGUCAAAUGGCAAGUUAAGAAUGCAAAACUUGGCGUUGCACAACCGAUAUACAGUAUUGGAAUCUAAACUAGGGGAAUCGGAAUUUGCAUUUUCUAAUAUAAUGAAAUUAGUUGAAGACUUGGAAUGCAAGUUUACUUCAAUGCUGGGAGAAAUUGUUUUGAAAGAAGAAACCAUAAAUGUAGAUCUGGAAGCACUUCUUCAGGAAAACAUAAAGCAAAAUGAAAGGUUUACUAUAGAAGAGAGGUUUUUAACACAGGUGUAUACGGACAAAGCAGCUGAAGUGUGUAACUUGCAGAGAGAGGUUGAACAUCUAACAGACAAGAUAUCGGACAUCUUUCAUCGACACAACAUAAUAGCCUCUAAGGUUGUACUUGAUGUCUAUGAUUUAUGUGCUGAUAAGGCUAUGACUGAAGAUGUUCUUCAAGAAGAACAGGAGAAAGUAAAGCUAUAUGAAGCAAAACUUGAUAAUCUUCAAGGAGAAUAUGAAGUAAUGGUGCAUAAUUAUACUGAAGAGCUGGCCGCUAUGACGGAAGACCAAGAAACUCUGAUGAUUAAUCAUGAAAAAGUAGUUGUUUUGUUAGGAAACUCCAAAUCAAAUGAAGAGAAACUAAAGGGCGUUGUUAGAGGGCUCGAGGUGGAGCUGAAAGCCUCUGAAUUAGAGAGGCUACAAGCAAUGGAAGAAAUUUCUCAACUUGAAGUUCAACUUCAGAAAACCGAAAUGCUUCAAAACGAACUCUUCAUACUCAAGAGAUCACUAUGUGAAGCAGAAAUUGAAUACAGAAAACUGGAGGCUUCGUAUCAGAUGCUGUCUUUAGAGUACGACAUGCUGAAGGCUGAGAAAGUAUCCUACAUGCAAAGACUCUCAAACACUGAGAAAAUUAUAUCAGAGUUUGAGGACUGUAAGCGAAGUAAAGUUGAGCUGGAGGACAAGAUUUUACGUCUGGAAUGGAAUCUAACCACAAAUGAAGCUUCAUGGCGUGAUAAUGCUCGGUUAAAGUAUGAACUUGCCCAAGUGACAAGAGAAAAUGGUAAAUUAUGCAAGAAGAAAGAUUCUCUGCAACAAGAGAAUGAAGAUUACCAGAAGAAAGUUAAGGCUCUUGAAAAAAAGAUGAAGCAAAAAGAUGAAAAACAAUAG